AUGAAGGCUAUUGACUUUGCAGUAGUGUUUGUCCUAAGUAUUUGCCUAGGCAGAACAUCCGCCGCUUUAUGCAAUAACAAUCUGAGCAUUCUUUGGAAAUGCGUUAGACCCAACGGAGAGAACUCGGGAUACACUGCAUCAUGCUGUCCUCGGGACAAGACAACUUUCCAGCAAGAUGGAGCUUGCUGCACUGAAAACUGGUCUGCUUUUAAGUCUUGCUGCCAGGCACAUUCAGGUUAUACUGCUUUGAGUGGUUAA